AUGUUCGAAGACUAUGAGCCAAUAGAUCCAAUGUUGGAACCUAUUGAACCAGCCUCUCCAAUAUUUGCGUCACCAAUAGCAAAAACCAUCAUUGAUGAUCCCUCUUCACCAAUAUUAUUCGGUAAUAGUGGUGAUGAUUCUGAUAAUGAAGAAAUUAAACAAACUCUUGAGAAGUUGGACUAUUAUUCAUCAUCAGCCUCAUCAUCACAGGGUAGCAAUACCCAAUCAUCAUCAUCAUCACAUGGAUCUUCUGAUGAUUUAUGUGAAAGCUUCUGCUACCGUUCAAGAACAAAUAAGAGAACAGUAGCUAGGAGAAGAAGAUCCAUCAGAAAGGAAUCAUCCCAAGUCUUGGAGGAAUCUGUAAUGCUAAAGGAUAAUGAUUUGGAUAUUAUCUAUAGCAGUAGUAGUCAGGAUAUGGAUGAAACCCCUUGUGGCUUAUUCACUGGUUUUUACAUCAUUGCUCCUGAUUUUACACCAGAAGAAAGGGAGCAAUAUUCUAAACUUGUCAAGGAUAAUGGUGGCAAGAUGGCAAGUAUUAAAAAAGACUUUGCUUGGUACUCUGAGGGAUUGAAUGAAUUGGCGAAUGACAAGCUGGUUCUCAUUUCUGAUAGCCCAAAACCAAGACCAAGUUAUUUGGCAGCUCUCAUGUUAAAUAUUCCACUUUUAAAAAAGGAGUGGAUUAUUGACAGCUUGAAUCAAAAAUCGAUAAUUACAACAGAUGUGGAUAAGUACUUGCUAGCUAGAGGAUCUUUUACAACAACUGAUGGUAUAUUUAGAGAGGAAGCUCAACUAUUCAAUCCAACAUUCCAAAUGUUACCAAAAGAGAAACGACCACUCUAUGGCGUUUCUGUAAAGAUUAAUUGUAGUGAUGUGAAAUUUAUCGAUUCGUGGAAGAAGGUUCUCGAGUCGGGUGGUGCCACUGUUGGUGACAUUGCCACCUACUCUUCAAAACAUGGACAAGGCAGUAGGAAUUUUGUUCUUGUGAGGGAUACAUCAGAAAUUAGCAAACAACGUUUAGAUUACUUUAAUAUUAAGAAGGUCCCAAUUCUGAAUAAGGACUCUGUCAUUCAAAUGAUCAUAUCAUCAGAGUAUAACUUUGAGGAUUUGAAAAUUACAAAACUUCCAGAAAAUCCAACCAACAAGUCAAGGAAGCCAAAUCUCAUCAUUCCACCAUUGGUCGCCAGUUUGGAUGAUUCCCUAACUUCUCCUUUCUAUACACCUACACCUACACCUUCAGUCAUUCCAAAUCCCGCCAGGUCUAGAAGGAUAUUUGAUUCUUCGAAUAAUCUGGCUUCGAAAUGGUUCUCCAAUGUGAAACAACAAGAUGAUUCACUCAUUAUACAGGAUACAAAUGCAAGCGUUCUCGACAUUCGAACACAAUCUGCAAAGAAGAAACAAAUCUCAUCCUCAGCAGCAAGUAAAAGACUCAAUUCCAGUAAUAUUGCUCUGAAUACCUCACUAGUAAUGAAUACUUCCCAUAAGAAGAUUAAAUUGGACAAGCUGGAACGUUCCUUCUCAACCUCCUUCAUGAAUACUUCACUUCAACAAUUCAAUACCAGUAUGAUUGACGAGCCAAAAUCCACCUUUGAUGAUUUGUCCAAUCUAACAACAGGUGACUAUUUCCUCAAGCAAGAAAAGAGCAAUCAACAAAAAACAUGUUUUGUACGUUUGUCCAAACAAAAGAUCUUGUGUGGGAAGAGAAAAUAUGAAGACUCUUCUGAAUGGAAAUUGGAUCAGUACUUUGUGGGAGAUGUUGUGACAGUUUCUGGACCCUUCACAGAUUCUUCAAAAUUUCUUCGUAUUGAUCAAUUGUACUAUAAGGACUAUGUUACAGAGAGUAAGGAAAUGUUGGGCACUGAAUAUAUUCCAGAUGCAAACAAUCCUAAAAAAUUGAAUGCCACGUCCAAAACUAUUCGAGUUGAUUUGUCCUCCAUCAAUCACAAGAUAUUCAUUGGAAAUUUGGAAACUUUUACUACCAAAAAGAAACGUUCCAAAAAACACUAUUAUUCAGAUUAUGUGUUCAAGAAUUUUGAUUUUAAGGAAAUAGAAGAUGCAUCGGUACAGAGCUUGUUUGCCAUUCCUAACGAGUUGGCUCAGUUGUCAGACUUGGAGAUGAAGAGAGAGAGAAGAAUCAAAUCAGUAAGAAUGAAAAAUCCAUUCCAUGUCAGAUUUACUGCUGCAGAUUUUAAUGGAAAGAUAUUUGAAGAGGGCAAUUAUGUGAAAUUACAUGAACGCGAUUCUAAAGAACCUAUUAUUUGCAUCAUUAAGGAAAUUAGAGAGAGGGAUAUUGCACACUUUUGUAAUCAAUUCACGAAUAUUGGUUACAAUGAUUUGAACACAGCAGUAAGACCAAGUCCAACAUCAUCUGUUGUUGUAGAAAUUCUAACAGGAAAGAAUGCUUGUCAACAGCAACACUAUACAUUUACUCAUCAAGUUGAGGAAAUUAUGUUUGCCAGAAUACAUUCUAUGGAGCCACUUGUUGCCAUCCAAAAACAACUAGUGGGUGAAUCAUUUGAUUUGACCUCGUUGUGUAAUCAAAAUGAUCUCAUCAUUCUGGAAUAGAAAAGAUUGAAUAAACAAAUGUAACUGU